CUGAUAUGUCGUGUAUUAUUAUUCGUCUAUACCGGUUGUAUAAACAACAAGCAUACGUGAUUCCAAGUUUCGUUUGCUUAACCGUUCCUUAGUUUAUGGGGUUUCUUUCCAAUUGCCAUAUUCAUAGUGCCUAGCAAUGGAUGGGGUGCAAGCCAAUGGUGAACCAAAGCGAAUUUUUCUGUCGAAAUCCGUGGAUGGAAACAUGACAGUGGAGGCAAGUACCUCAAAGGCGUUUUCUGUCGAAAUUCAGGGCCAAAAGAAUCGUGUAUAUAUUCCACCAUCAAGACGGCGACCUCCGCCGGAUAGGGACGAGGAAGAUGAACAUAUUACCAAUCAUAAGAAACAAAGGUAUUGGAAUUCAUACGAAGAAAUGUUUCUAGUGGAGCUAUGGCGUCGUUAUCGUGACGAGGUGACCGAAUAUAUUAAGCCAUUGCCGGUGCAUCGUAAAAUAAUGGUUGCAAUGCGCCAAAAGGAAAUGAUGGUCACAGGGCAGGAAUGCAGGAGGAAAAUUAAUACCCUUAAUAACAGAUACAAAACUGAAUUGCAAAGUCAAAAACUUACGGGCAUUAAACCCGAAUGGAAAUUGUUUCCUUUGAUACACUGCUUAAAAGCGCCUAAAAUAAAGCAAUUUGAUCCCUGGCAUGAGACAUUGGUUGUGCGAAAGCUUCUGGAAAAGAUUCCUAAACCACCAGAAACGAGAACUGUAAUUGUUCGGCCACCAGUACCAGUACGCUUUCCUCUAGCAACUACUAACAUUCACACCAAUAUAACUCCUUCCCCUCCACCUCCUCUUCCUCCUCCACCUGCCCCAGCACCAGUGGCCACUACUGCAGGUUUAUUAUUCGAUUCUAUACCACCUAUACAAAAUGUAAUGAGUGGUUUAAACACUUUGGUUGCUUUCGAAAACUGUACCAACAAUCCUUCGUUAACUGACCAGAAAGCAGAAAUCUUAAAGCCUUACAAAGAUAACUCCUUAACAAUGUGUAACAUCACUUUGAAAAAGUUGGAGCAAUUACAGUUUGAAAACUUUCGUUUAACCAAGGAACGAGAUGAAGCCCUUAAAGCUUUGAAAAUGGCUGAACGUAAUUUACGUAUAUUUGAAGCACUUCUGGCCGCCGUAAUAACUCCGGAUGAUAAUGCUGCUGCUCAAGUCCCCAUAAAAAUUCCCAAGAAAAGAGGACGCAAAAGAAAAGAAAAUAAAAUUGAUGUCAACAAUCCAUCAUAACUUCGAUUGUUGGAAUGGCAACUUCACUUCUCUGUAAACAAAAUUAUGUGUUUUUAUGAAUUUUUAAAUUUAUCAACUUGUGUCCAGAAGAAUCUUUUAGUACCGCGAUUUAGUAUGAUCUGGACAUACUAAAUAUUUCGUUUUUUUUAUGAAAAAUUAUAAUUUUAAACUUUAUUAGAUAUAUGUUUUGUUGUUCAAUGAUUAAUUUUUAUUUUAGUUUCUUUUAUAUAAAUCAUAAUUGAAUUUUUUAAUUUUGUAAAUAAAAACGUGACGAAGUCUAUUUAAAAAAAAAAGUUGUUCCAAUAAAGAUUUUUAUGAAAUGUGAAGAGUCGGAAGAGAAGGAGUUGUUUUCACAAUA